AUGACCAAGCUUGUGUACAAUGGUUACUCGGCUAAUCCAACAAUUGAAACAUGCAAUUCAUGCAACUGUCAGGACGACGGUUGGAUUGACAGUCGUCAUCAAAUAGUUCUCGAUCGACCGAUGAUGUUUACUGAAAAUGAAGGACGGUGUCAUCCAUGGGGCAAAUCGGUAUCGAUACGUACUGCAUCUGAUACUGCUUAUUCUGUUGCCAAAUGGUUUACCGGUGGCGAUGGAAAAUAUCAAGGUGAAUUUGACGAUCACGACGAAGGAUUAGGCAAUCUCGAAUCUACAAUUACAUUCGAUCUGUCAAGUUUUAAACUAAAUCAACAAUAUCUCUUCGAAAUUCUUUCAAUUUCACUCAGAAUCAAUAGUGAUGUGACAGCGUAUAAUUUGGAAUACAAAGCACGAUUUGACCUUGAUUAUCUUAUGCAACAAGAUACAAACAUAAAUCCGAUUUUACUGGCUGCUCAAAGUUUAAAUCGCGAACAUGCAUUUAUUAACGGAAAUGAUAUUGGUAUUUACUGGUUAAUUGAAGCUGUUUGUCGAUCGCAACCCGGUUAG